ACGGAACGGAAGGAAACGAGAGAGCUGCUGGCAUCGGGGGAGCACAUGGAAGAUUUUGAGAAGAAGCUGUCGAUCGCGGAUUCAAUGGAGACUGAAGAACGACCGAACGAAAACUGCAGCAGUAGCAGCAGCAGCAGCAGCAGCAGCAGCAAAGACAAUAAAAUCCUGGAUUUGCUUCGCAGGUUCCUAGAUAUUCAAGAGCGAAGAGCCCAAGCCUAUGCCAAGCUUAAAAAGGGAUUUUCAGACUAUAUGGUUUCAGGAGGGGAGUUAGCUUACCAGCAGCUUUGCAGUGAGAUUACUGUAGAGUUCAAUGACUGCUCAAAACAAGUCCUUGAGAUGGAGUCUCUAUUUCUGAAUCCAGAUUACUGCCGAGCGGAUCUUGUGCAGCUACUUAGAGCUGUUCAAACACAGGAAAAGGAGAAAUUGCAUCUGACUGCUAAAAUUCAGGUGUUGAAGAAGGCUGGCCGCCCAUCAGAGCGCCUGGUGAACCACGAAAAUUGCAAAUUCAAGAAACCAAUGGAGCACGAGUGUGUGCAUCUCCAUGAGAUAACUGAAGCAGCUGGAACAGAAGAAGCAGAAGCAGAUGCUGCAUAUGAUAAUGCUCUCAAUGAAGCCAUUAGAGGCGUGCAGGAUGCUGUCACGACCAUAAAUGAACACUUAGAAGAAGUGAGAUAUGAAAUUGAAGCCCUUGAAGCACAGUAGAGAUGCUAACUUACCUAAGAUUGGAAAUAGACCUAUUAAAGCUAAUCUCUUAGAACAGCAGGGGAGAAUACCAGUGGGGAUUAUGCACCUCUUUUAGUAUUAAUACAUGCAUUCGUUCUGUUGCUGAAUUGUGUAUAAGAUUCUGAUGUUGAAUUUAUUGGCUUCAUAUUUGUUAUUUUAGGGAUUUAUAUUUCCUUUUCUCCUUAAAUCACGUUUGUACCGAAGAGUUGUUUUGUUUCAAUCAAUCAUGUUUGUAACAACUUCCACUAAGCGGACAACUCCUGUAAUCUCUAUCUUCCAUUGUGGGUUACAUAAGAAGCAAAAGGAGAAAAGGAAAUUUCUCUUUUAGAUUACCUGUUCAUAUUCAUGAAUACAUUGUACCGAACCAG